AUGAGCUCCAAACGCCGAUCGGCUGCAGCAGCUUCCCCGGAUGUCAGAACCCGGACCAAACGUCGAAAGGUCUCCGAGGAUGAUCUCAUGGAGAUAUCCAGUCGCGCAUCUUCACACACUGAUUCAGAGGAAGAUGAAGCCCCGGAAGCCCAGGAGUCUGAGGUUGACUUUGAGGGCGACAAUUUGCAGAGCGCACAGGACAAGAUCAUGUCCGAGUUGACCAGGCUGCAGGAUGAUGAUGGCCAGGAAGUAGCCUAUCCAUUCAUCGGAAAACCAGACCGGGCCCUGUACCGAGACUAUUAUGAGCUGAUUCAGCACCCUGUUUCGUUGCGGAGCAUACAGAAGAAGGUCCGCGGCACAGACAGCCGGAAAAACACCUCCAAAACAACUGCGUAUCCCACUUGGCAAUCUUUUGAGGAAGAAGUUAGCUUCAUUUGGCGAAAUGCCAGGGAAUACAAUGAAGACGACAGUGAAAUCUCGGCACUCGCGGGAAUCCUAGAGGGUUACUUUGCGCAACGGGUUGGAGAAGCCAAGAAGCUUGUUCCGGAUUCCCAUGUAGAUGGGAUGCUUGGGAUGCCUCGCAUCAAACUGAAAAUAGGCACAUCUGUGCCUCCAAUAGCGGGAGGGUCAAUCCCGAGUAUGCCUACACUGGGCUCCAAUACAAUCAUGCAAACCAACGACCAGUCGCCAGAUGGCAUAGCUGACCGGGAACCCUCUGGCCCACAUCAACGUACACCGAGGGGAUUGGCGCCUCAGAAUGCCGGCACGUCCCCUCAGGCACAAUCUGUGGGGAAACUAGACAACUCUCGGCUAGUCAUUGCUACCGAGUCUACAUCCGAACAACUGAGCCCGUCUUUGAGCGCACGGGGGCUGUCUGACUUGGUAAGGGACGAACCACCCACCUCGACGUCCACGUCGCAAGCUCCUUCACAUGCGAACCCCGGGGCCUUUGCAACUGAUGCUCAUCCUUUUUCUCCACCCAAUAACCCAUCAUGUCAACAUCAUACGGGACCAUCCAUGAUGGAUUCUAUUCUGAGGCAAUCAGGCCAAGAUGCAAGCACGGCGCUUAUUCGUAAUGUUCGAGUUGCUACUCAUGCCUCCUUGUCACUGAAGCCUGACUUCUGCUUGGACAUUCCGCCAUCAUCGCUUGUGUCACAACAGACAGUCACGAUUCAUCUUCCCUCAUCACAUAACCUACUAACCCUCAAGCCUCGCUUGGCGGCUAGCACUAGCCACCGACAGGUGAAGGUGGUUGCUUUAACGGGUAUGCAGCGCCUUCACUCGUCUGGCGAUGCAACUACACCAGUGUAUGAUAUACGACUACAUCCAGGGAUGACCAAGGUUGACUUGGAGGCCAUAGCGGGACCUGCCAAGGGUGUCCCCAGAACUGGUCCUCCUGGCGCUGAUGUAGAGUAUGAACGGGUGACUGUAUUUUUCAAUCUCUUACACUGA